AUGCCAAGUAGCAUCACGGAUCAACAAUUGGCGCUCUUUUAUCGUGCCUGCAAAAUGGAUUUUGACACGACACGGACUGUGAUUGAGGCGUACUUUGAACAUAAACGAUGCACACCGGAACAUUUUAGUGACAGGGAUCCGUUGUCGCCGGAGGUGCAGCAGUGUUUGGAUAAUCAGAUCUACGUCUGUUUACCUGUAACUCCAAGUGGCUCUUCGAUAAUUUAUCAUCGUGUCGCUAAUUCGACAGCAUCCAAUUAUUGCUUCGAUAAUGCCAUUCGCACGUAUCUGAUGACGAUGGAUGCAUGUCUCUAUCGAUGUGGACCUCGUCCCGGAAUCAUUUUUCUCUUUGACAUGGCAAACGUCUCCAUUUUCCACUUGAUGCGAGUCAACAUCAAAUCCAUCAAAAAAUUCUUCCAUUACGUAAAUUAUUGUUUGCCAGCGCAACUCGAUGAAGUUCACAUCUUGAACGCUGUGAGAUUUUUCGACAAAAUUCUGAUGCUCAUUAAACCGUUUAUCAGAGAAGGAGGCCUCGAGAAAAUCGUUCUUCAUCGAGCAACGGACGACUAUGAAACUAUUUUGAAGGACAAGAUUCCGUUGUCGUGUCUUCCAUCCGAUUUCGGGGGAGAAUUGGAGUCUGUUGAAGAGUUGCAUAACAAAUUCCGACAAGAACUUGUCGAUUUGAAGCCAUAUUUCGAAGCUGAAGAGAGACAAUGGAGUGAAAGUGAUGUUGCCAUCGAAAAUAAAGGAAAAAUGGACCAGAAUAAAAAUGAAGAGACAGCUGUGAUUGAUUCGUUAGAGUUUGACUAA